GGAAGUGAGGAGAAAUGAAACAACAUUGAUAAACAGGCCAGGCCGAACCAGGAGAAACUACGUUCGCGUGCGUUUAGACUCAGUUUUCAUUGACGUGAACGUUAAAUGCUUCUCUAAGCUCAGCUACUUCGGAUAAAACGUUAAAAAUCGGCGCUGCUUUCGACGCAGGUUGUUAUAGUUGAGGUCGGAAGAGGGGAAAAGGGAGAAUAUGUAACGGUAACUUAGGAGUCAUUUCUCUUUUCCUGCCCUCCUCCACUUGCCUCCCGAGCGAGGAGAAACAGUAACUGCAUUAAAGACCGAUUGAUCUGACAGCUGUUCAGACAGUUUGCGGCUUCUUCGGUCUCAACGACGAUGGCGGAUAGCGCUGGGGAGGGGGCCAACGGCUCUGUGGGCACGGCGCAGGACCACGGAGCGCAGUUGUCCUCGAGUUUGGGUAAUUCCGUUUUGGGGCACUCAUCAGCCUCGACGCCUCCGGCAGUGGCUGUGGUCGCUCCCAUGAUCGCGCACACCAUCACCCAUGCGGUUCCCGUGGUGGCCGUUCCUCCUUCCCUGCCGCCCGGUAUCGGAUCAGGAGUCCCGGCCGGAGCGGGCCUCCUGUCCCAAAUUCACGCCACCUCCUGGGAUCCCACGUUAAGCACCGACUGGGACAACGAGAAGGCGUCUCCGCAGUGUAUUCUUCGGAUAAAAAGAGACAUUAUGUCCAUUUAUAAAGAACCUCCUCCAGGUAUGUUUGUGGUUCCCGACCCUCAUGACAUGACCAAGAUUCACGCCCUCAUCACCGGUCCCUUCGACACACCAUAUGAGGGAGGCUUCUUCCUCUUCCUGUUCCGCUGUCCUCCUGACUAUCCCAUCCACCCUCCACGUGUCAAACUUAUCACUACCGGGCACAAUACUGUUCGUUUCAACCCCAACUUCUACCGCAACGGCAAAGUUUGCCUCAGCAUCCUCGGCACUUGGACUGGUCCAGCAUGGAGUCCUGCCCAGAGCAUCUCCUCCGUUCUCAUAUCCAUACAGUCCCUAAUGACAGAGAACCCUUACCAUAAUGAGCCAGGCUUUGAGCAGGAAAGGCAUCCAGGUGACAGCAAAAACUAUAAUGAGUGUAUCCGCCACGAGACCAUGCGAGUUGCAGUGUGCGAUAUGCUAGAGGGCAGAGUGUCGUGUCCCGAGGCCUUGCGGAGCGUGAUGGAGAAAUCCUUCCUGGAGUACUAUGAUUUCUAUGAGGGGGUCUGCAAAGAACGUCUGCAUCUCCAAGGGCAGAACAUGCAGGAUCCUUUUGGUGAGAAGAGAGGUCGUUUUGACUACCAGGGUCUGUUGACCCGUCUCAGAGCCAUUCAGAGGCGAUUGCGGGAAAAGUGCCCGCCCGAGGACAACGACAGCGACUCUGACUCGGACACCAGCUCUUCCGGCACCGAUCCGGACAGUCAGGGCAGCUCACAGCCUUAGAGUGCCCUCUAGGGGUGCGAAGCAAGCAAGGUUAGAUCGUGUCCCUUUACCUGCAGCUCCGGACUCCUCUCAAGUGAUGCAAGGAGAGCUGAAAAACCUGGAGAUUCUACUGACAGAGGACAGAGUUUCUCUUCCAAUUGGUUAAUAUGUUUCCUCUCACUCCUUGUGUGCUGGCCAGUGACAGCCUUUUGUUUUGCUGUUUUUUUUGUUUGUUUUGUUUUUCCCUAAUGAAGAAGAGUCAAUGGAGGAAUGAGGUAUAUAGAUGUAUGUUUGCGUGUGUACAUUUGUACGUGAUAAAGAUGUAUACGCCGGUCAUCACAGCCUCAACCUUUUGAGUCCAUGUUAGUUUGUCCCUUCCUGCAUCCAGUGUAGAGCUAACAGAAAAAAGAAGUCCUACUAAGUCAAAUAAUUAAUGAUGAUAAUAAAAUCACUCUUAAAACAAACCGGUUUACUUGCGCAUUUCACACUUAGUUUGUGAGUUUCCUGGUCUUUUUGUUCCUCUCAUGAAAUUUUAUUUCACUCAUGAAGUCAUUUAAAAAUGAAUAUGAUCACAAAUUGAUACAAAUUCGUAAUUAAAUGCAUACCACACUAAGAGCAAGACAAAUGGAUGCAACUUUAAAAAAAUGUAUAUAUAAUUAUUCAUAGAGAACUUUUAUUUUAAUGUUCAAUGUUCUUAAAAUGCUAUUGAACUGGUGAAAGUGUCCGCAGCCUGCCAAGCGCUUAUGGGAACGGUUGCCUUUUGAGUGUCGUCGACUUGUUGGAAAUACAGUUUUGUUUGGUGAGCUUCAAUCGGUCUCUAAUUGUGAAGCUGUUGAGUGUCAAAUGAGACAUCUGUUCUGUUGUUGUUCUGGGAAUAACCUUGAAUUUUCAACAAGACAGAAACUUCCUUUUACUCACUUUUCUUUGUUAUUUCACUCAUAAUGCUUAGACGGCAAUUCCAGUCCAGCCUCCACUCAUAGUGUCCCUCGAUACUGCUACAAAUGUUGUUCUCUUUACCGGGGAUACUGUGGUCACUGGUGUCCUCAUAUGCAACAGGACGAAGCUGCGUAAUACAGACUGGGGGGAAAAGGAAUGGGAUAAUAUUCAACCGUUACUUGACACAGUGGUUCAUGACUAUCUAUGCUCCUAAAUGUUUUGCAAAAAUCUAUUGCAAUACAUCCCUUUAAAUAGCAGGCAUAUCAUUUUUCACAGCAUGCUUUAGCAACAACCAAAAUGGCAGCCUUUAGUAUUUUGUAUACAUGUACAAUUAUAAUGCAUUUUAUUCAUGAACAAGCAGAUUACAUAGUCUUCUAUUAAGUGAACCACAAAACAACUACUUUAACAAAGUUUUACAUUCUCCGAUGGGCCCAAGUACAGUUCUGAGGUUUUUGCAUGUGCUAGUAUUUUGAUGCAGUUGAUUUCUCUUAAGUGAGAGAAUAUAUUCUGGUCUAGGACAUCAUAUUUUGAUAAGACUUGCUUGAUUGACUCUUAAGUCUAUGUUUCUCUUCUAGAACGCCUUGCAACAGGAAACAGUUCCCUGACUAUGAGUUUGACUUUGUGAUGUACUAAUGCUUUUCCCUUGUUAGCAAAAUGAGAAUGAAUUAUGUAAAUAAUUAAUGUAUCGAUCAAUUGCAACUGUAAGAAGAAAGCAUAUAUAAACCUGGUUCUGAUUA